AUGCCACCAGAUCAGUUGCUACAACCCGAGAAGAAAAGCAUGGGAGUCUCAAUCUCGGGGGGCAGGGGAUUGAAUGAGUCGCCGUCUUGGCCAGGUCAUCCGCGGCCGGUUCCAAGCUCAGCAUACGCCUCUAUUUGUCGCGCUGCGCCCUAUGUGCCACAGCUUGUGAUCCCAGUUCCAUUCCUUGUCCUGGCAGGCUUGGUAACUCGAUUGGACUACCAACCCAUCUCUUCCUACGGCGAUGGAGUACUCGAGGCUAUUGGGCUGGCCUCUACCUUUUGGCCUAUUGCUUUCUCCGCUGUCCUCGGCGCUUUGAUUCGAACCAUUGCCUUGUUCAAAGCAGAGCGUGGGACUAAGCUUGGUGUGAUUAGCCCAGCUGGUGGUCAGGCAGCUUACCGAACUGUCCGCCUGACGUCCCUCAUCGAAACGACGACUCACGGCUUGAUGCACAGCCCUGCAGCGGACAUCGGAUUACCUUUCAACAGGAUACUCUGGGCAAGCAGUUCCAAUCUCGCGACCCAGCUUGGGAGGGUAUACGCUAUGUUUGGGGCCGCAAUUUCUGCAUCCAAUGCUAUUGCUCAAGCUUCCAACGGAUCAAGCCCGACGUUUGAUGCUGCGAUACGAGGGCUUGGAGGUGUGGAUACGGCUAUUGUAGCUGCGAGGAUGGAUCUCUGGCAGAACGUCCGAGUACCUGAAAUCACUGGCUUGCCGGGAUACGACUCAGAAGACCCCUAUCGCUGGCUCCAAGUCCCUACUGAUCGUCUUGUCACCUACGAAUCUCUGGUCGGGGUUCCUGUCAGAGGCAUCCCACAAGAAACUCCAAGUAACAUUAGCUUUCAGCUUUCAACGACUUAUGCAACACUAGAGUGCUCUCCUUGGUUUAAUACAACAACAUGGCGUGAAGAAACCCCUGAUGCAUUGCUUCUUCACAAAGCAGUCAACAGCAGCAUAACAAACGAAGAGAGAAUGUGCAAUUAUGCCAAUGGCUUUCAACAGAUCUAUAUGGAUACGCCAUCUCCCCUCACCGGCUUCAACUUUUCAACCAAAAACCACACAAGCCAAGGACCCAUCACUCAAGGUAGUCUGGUAUUUGGCACCAAGGGGAACUCGACUAUCUGCGAUAUUAGCCAUAUCUAUGUCGAUGUUGAAGUUCAGUGUCAGCGAGAACAGCGGCUAGGCCAGAUGGUCUGCAGAUCCGACAAGAUCCGGCAUUCACCAGCUCAACCAGUGCCAUUUCAUGACAACCAAAUGAUCACCAAGAUCAAUCAAACUGACCCAGGGGCCCCAGCUGCAGGAUAUUUUAUAGCAUUUUUGCCCUGGAUAGCAAGCUCCUAUCAUUCCGGAAACCGAUCCCCACUUGAGAAUUAUUUGGCCGACCCAGCCCGUGGCAUCGAGGGGGACGCCGUGGCGCUCACCGAUGAAUAUACGCGUUUACCGCUAAAGGUAUUCGCACAGCGUCUAGCGAUGGUUAUGAACACUGCACUGCGCAUCUCUUACGAUAUGCCUUCUAUCCUUGGCUUCACCGAUCACAACAUCACUGAGUCUGCUGCUCUUACCGGCAUGGAGCCCAAGUACGGCAGCACAACAGGAAGCUUUAGCAUAGCCACAGUGGUGUACCGGGUCCAGCAUAAAUGGAUGGGGCUUUACAUCGCCUCACUUGUCGUGAUGAGCAUAUGUGCAGUUGCUACCAUCGUUCUUAGGCUGAUAAUUCGCGCCCCAGACUUCCUCACAAACGUCGCCGGCUUGACUCGCGACUCUCCGUAUAUCAAUGUCCCUCCAGGGGGAAGUACCUUGGAUGGCGAGGAAAGGUCACGUUUACUCAGGAAUCGGCGGCUCAAGAUCGUCGACGUGCACCCUGAAAGGGAUGUUGGGCACAUCGCCUUUGCUGAUGACAUCGGUCAGAUGGCAACCAAGAGGUUCGGAAUGGUAGACAGGGUGUAUGCCUAG